UUAAAUCUAUCCUUUAAUGGGGCUGCUCUGUCUGCUUUGCUUAACAGUAUUCAUGACGUAACUGCACGGGGAGGCCACAUCUUGGUCAUGACCACCAAUGCCAUCAACCAGCUGGAUAACGCUCUCCUAUGCCCAGGGCGCAUUGACAUGGAAACUGACUUCGGCUAUGGCUGUCUAGGGACAAAUCGCACGUCCUUCACGCAGCCGCCACCAGGGACGUCCUGGGUGUUCUGUGUUGUGAUAUGA